AUGGCUCGAAAAGUAGAAAAUGUGGGCAUUCUUGCCAUGGAGUUGUAUUUUCCUUCACAAUAUGUGGAUCAAGUAGACUUGGAAAAAUUUGAUGAAGUUGGUACAGGCAAGUACACCAUUGGACUUGGUCAGAGUAAAAUGGGUUUUUGCUCCGACCGAGAAGAUAUUAAUUCAAUAUGUCUUACUGCUCUUCAUAGACUUACUGAGAGGAAUAACAUUAAUUUGCAUGAUAUUGGACGCCUUGAGGUUGGUACUGAAACAAUUAUUGAUAAAAGCAAAAGUGUAAAGACCUUUCUGAUGACAUUAUUUGCUAAAGAAGGGGCUACUGAUGUGGAGGGGAUUGAUUCUACCAAUGCUUGCUAUGGAGGUACAGCAGCUCUUUUCAAUGCAAUAAAUUGGGUUGAGUCGUCCUCUUGGGACGGUAGAAAAGCAAUUGUGAUAGCAGGUGACAUAGCAGUGUAUGGAAAAGGACCUGCUAGACCAACAGGAGGUGCUGGAGCUGUUGCAAUGUUAAUAGGACCAGAUGCACCGUUGGUUUUUGAUUGUGGUGUUCGUGCUUCUUAUAUGACACAUGCUUAUGAUUUUUAUAAGCCUGAUUUAGCAUCGGAAUUUCCAUAUGUUGAUGGAAAAUUGACUAUUAAAUGCUAUUUAAAUGCUUUAGAUAAUUGUUAUAAUCUUUUUUGCAAGAAAAUGAGAAAUACUAACUCUAAUUUCAAAGGUCUUUUGAGUUUGGAUGGCAUGCUGUUUCAUACACCUUAUUGUAAGUUAGUGCAAAAAUCAUUAGCUAGAAUGUGUUUUAAUGACUUCCUGAAUACAUCACCCAGUGACAGAGAGAAACAAUUUCCGGGACUAUCACAGUUUAAUAAUCAUAAAAGAGAAGAAACAUAUUUUGACCGAGAUGUAGAGAAAGCAUUCAUGACAUACAGCCAAAGUUUAUUUGAGGAGAAAACUAAGCCAUCUUUGCACAUUGCAAGAAAUGUAGGAAACAUGUACACCUCAUCAUUAUAUGGAGGUCUUGUAUCAUAUCUGGUUAGUAAAUCCCCAGAACAAUUGAUCGGUAAAAAGUUUGCAUUGUUUUCUUAUGGUUCUGGCCUGGCAUCUACAAUGUAUUCCAUUAAUAUAUGUAAAGAUAUGAGUGCUGGGUCAAAAUUGGAAAGUCUUAUUAAAUCUCUUAAUGACACAGUGUCAAUGUUAGAUAAAAGACAAUGUGUCCAGCCAAGUGUAUUCACAGAACUCAUGGAUGUGAGAACAAAGAAUUAUCAUACAGCUCCGUAUGAACCAUCUGGUUCGAUAGAUGUCUUAUUCCCUGGUACAUACUACCUGGUUAGAAUAGAUGAACAAAGGCGACGUACAUACGAAAGGAAACUCUAA